GUAUUCGUCUCCUGAUAUCUCAGCUCUUUGCAUCAGCACUUUGGGCUGUGUGGGACAGUAUCCCCCCCCACGAAGAUCUGCCAUCCAAACUCUGCCGGGAUUUCGCACUCCCUGGGAUGUAGCAGUGAGCCUCGGGUCAGAGGGAAAACCGGGAUUUUGUGAACUCCGUGAAAUUUUCGAUCGAUCCAAAGCUGCCCCUUUUCCUGGUAUUUUCUUUUUCGCUAACGAGGAUCCUAGCCCACCGCCAUGCCACUGUCCGGGACACCCGCCCCCAACAAGAGGAAAAAGUCAUCCAGGAUCAUCACUGACCUGUCCCACCUCACGCAGGAUGAGUAUUCCCCUGAGCAAGAGGCGUCUGCACUGCACCUGGGGAAGAAGAUCGGCAUCCCCAAGGACAUCAUGCUGGAGGAGCUGUCCCUGCUCAAGAACAAGGGCUCCCUGAUGUUCAAGAUGAGGCAGAAGCGGGUGGAGAGGUUCAUCUACGAGAACAACCCCGACGUCUUCAUCGGAGAUUCCAUGGAUGACUAUCAGAAGCUAGUGCCCAGCCUGGGGGGCAAGAUGGACGUGGGGGGUCAUCUAGUCAGCGGGCACAUGGUGGGCUACGCUGGAAGCGGGAGUAGAGCACCCGCCCCCCCUCCCAAACCCGGAAGCAUGCAUAAAGGGGGCGGAGUCGGGGUCGGGGUCGGGGUCGGAGGGGGGCACGCCACGGGGCACGGCGGCGUCGCCGGGGGCAAAGGUCAGGGUCAACAGCACGGCGCCGGCACCCAGGAAGGCGGCGGACUGCACGGCGCGGGGACAGGCGGCGCGGCGGGCGGCCACGGAGCCGGCGGCGCCCCGGGCACGAAGAGCGAGUUCAUAAAGACGUACGUAUCGCCGUGGGAACGGGCCAUGAAGGGCAAGGCGGAGCUGGUGGCCACCCUGAAGCCUCACAUGCCGGGCCCAGAGACUCCGCACGAGCUGCAGAAGUACAAGAGCUUCAACAGGUCCGCGAUGCCCUAUGGGGGCUUCGAGAAGGCCUCUCAGCUCAUGACCUUCCAGCUGCCGGAGAUGGCCAAGAAGGUGGUCCUGGAGCCCACCAUAGUGUAUCCGCACGACAUUAACUCGCGGCCCUCCUUCAACCGCACCCCCAUUGGCUGGAUCGGCAGUGGGGAGACCAGCCACAUCCACGUAGAGAUGGAGAACGUGCCCUUCGACGCAGAGACGGAAGAGCUGUGAAGAUGCAGGCUCUCCAGCACACACAUGCACACAAAUGCACACAUGCACGCGCUCCUACACACAGGCACACGCCCUGUCACACACAGGCA